CCCCGGAGCGGGAUCCGCUCGGUGCCGAGCCCGGGCAGCGGGUGCCGGUGUCGGGCUGGCCUGGCGGGCACAAGUGCGCUCCCAGCGCUGGGAUAGCCGCUGGAUCCCGGCUGAUCCGCUCAGAGCGGGAAAAACUUGGGGUGUGGAUCCACAAGGUGUGGAUCUACACCGGGGUGUGGGAUGUGGAUGCUGCCACCUGAGGGCUGCGUUGCCAGGAGGGUGUCAGAUCCUGGCUCUGUGGAGAUCCCUGCUGGAUCCCCGCUGAUGCUGAGCCAGUGGGUGAUGGUGCUGGCAGCAGCAUCAGAGGGGCAUCUGGAGAGUGCUCAGGAACGCCUGGCUGGAUCCCACUGCGACCUGGCGGGAUCCAAUUGGGAUUUACCCCAGGGGGAGUGGCUGGCAGGGUCCCACCGCAGCCCUGCCUGGAGGCGCUCAUCCAGCUGCCCAAACCCGGCUCCCCAUCCCACCGAGGCCGUGGGGAUCCCUGCGGAAUCCACUGCUGGGGAUCCCUAUGGAAUUCUCUGCUGCGGAUCCCUGCGGACCACACUGCUUGGGGAUCCAUCCCUGUGGAAUCCAGUGCUGGGGAUCCCUAUGGAAUUCACUGCUGGGGAUCCCCGCUGCCCGCUGCCGUGUCUCCCGCAGGCUCCGCUGGGACCCGAGGGCUGGCUGGGGGAGCCUCCAUCGCGCCAGGACGAGGCCGUGCUGCGAGCGCUGGACGCGGGGCUGGAGCGCUGCCUGGCGCUGCACUCGGCCGUGCAGUGCAUCCCGGUGCCCCGGCACAGGAAGCUCUCGGGCAAGGCGGGCAUUGAUGAGGUGAUGGCAGCUGCGGUGCUCACCAGCCUCUCCGCCAGCCCCCUGGUGCUCGGGCACCCACCGGCCACUCAUGCCACAGAGCCUGGCAGCGAGGUCUGGAAGGAGGCUCCUGCCAUGUCCUCCAGCUGCAGCAGCAGCAGCAACGCCAGCGGGGACUGGAGCUGGGACCCCUCCAGCGACCGAUCCACCCCCUCCACCCCCUCACCCCCCCUCUCCAGCCACGUCCCCAGCACCUUCCUGCCUGGCCCGCUCCCUGAUGAGGGCCCUGAUGAGCCCGACGGCACCCACUUCGUCUUUGGAGAGCCCACCCCACGGAAGAGGAAGAACUCCACCAAGGUGAUGUUCAAGUGCUUGUGGAAGAGCUGCGGCAAAGUCCUCAGCAGCUCCUCAGGGAUGCAGAAGCACAUCCGAACCAUGCACCUUGGCCGGAAAGCCGACCUGGAGCAGAGCGAUGGCGAGGAGGAUUUCUACUACACGGAGCUGGACGUGGACAUGGAGGCGCUGACGGACGGGCUCUCCAGCCUCACCCCCGUGUCUCCCACCUCCUCGGUGCCCCCCACCUUCCCUGGCCCCGAGGCUCCUCUGCCACCAGCCCUGCCCAUCCUGGAGCUGGCCCUGGCAUCCCCCUGCAGCCCCCCGGGGCCCCCUGGCCGCUGCCACGUCCACACCGACCACGCAUACCAGGGCUGCCGGACCCCCCCACGGCCACCCGUGUCCCCCACUGUCCCCACCCCGCCACCACCCAAGCCACCAGCCGUGCCCAGGCGGCCGCGGGGCGAGGCCAAGAAGUGCCGCAAGGUGUACGGCAUGGAGCACCGGGAGAUGUGGUGCACGGCGUGCCGCUGGAAGAAGGCGUGCCAGCGCUUCCUCGACUGACGGAGCCCCGCCGCUCCCUCCUUCUUGCACAUUUUGCACUCGAGGUGCCUUCGCGCCCCCCCGGCCGCCCCCCGGACUCAGGGAACGGCCCCCCGAAAGCUUUAUGCACACACACAGCCCCCCCUGCCACGGAGCUUGUC